AUGGAACGCUCAUUACCCAAUAUAUUAGUAACUGGUACACCUGGUACUGGUAAAACAACAACAAGUGAAAUGAUUGCAGAAGCUACUGGUUUAGAACACAUUAAUGUAGGCGAACUUGUAAAGAAAAAGCAACUGCAUGAAGGUUAUUUAGAAGAAUUUGAUACUCACAUCUUGGAUGAAGACAAACUUCUUGAUGAAUUAGAAGAUGUUUUAAAGGAAGGUGGAAAAGUAGUUGAUUUUCAUACUUGUGAGAUCUUUCCUGAACGAUGGUUUGAUUUAGUACUUGUACUUCGUACUGAUACCACCAAUUUAUACGAUCGUAUGGUGAAAAGAGGAUACAAUAAACGUAAAAUUGAUGAAAAUAUGGAAUGUGAAAUUAUGCAGGUUGUGCUAGAAACAGCUCAUGAAUCUUAUGCUCCAGAAAUAGUUGUUGAACUUCCAAGUAAUACAACGGAUGAUAUGGAAAGUAAUGUAGAUCGAGUUAAACAAUGGUUAGAAGCAUGGAAAGCAAAUAAUAACUGA